AUGUCAUACACUCCCAACUCCAGUGCUAAGCGCGCCCAAAAACUCCAAGAUCUCUGUCGAAAUCUCAAUCUCAAUGCUCUUAUUUUCAUCCUUGGUUUAGACAGCAAGCGAAAUAGACUUGACGAAAAAGCAUUUUUUUGGCUCUUCCAAGGAUUUUCAGGCCAAAACAAACUAAAUUCAGUUUCAGUUCCUUUUAAAUACGAAGAAGUAGCAUGAAUAGUCACUCCAAACUCAUUUGAAAUUUUUGUAGGAAGUGCUUGCAAUGAAUUGGCUGACACAGAAAGUGCAUUUACUGAAAUCCAAAAAAUCAGCUGCAGCUGGAAUGGAGGAAAUGCUACAACAGUCACCAAAGAUGAAGUCUCAGACUCCGAAGCUGCUGAAGAGACUAAAAUCUUAUGAUUUAUUAGGUGUAUGAAAAAAAUUUUAGGUCCUGUAGGUAUUUGCUCAGAUCAGAUUGAGACGUGGCCGCUUAUUCAAGCUUAUGCUAUUGAUAUGUUUGGCUGUGGGUUUUUUUCUAAUAGCCAUCCGCACGUCAAUAUCAGUGAAAUGCUUGAGCCUUAUUUUUGUGAUUUUGAUGAGACUGCUGUAGAUAUUCUGGUUACUGAGCAUCUGCCAAGACUAAAGACAACAUUUGAUCAAACCAUUGAAUUUGUGAAUAAAAGGGGAUAUCCACAGAAAAGGGGUGAUGUGAAAGAGGAAGAUAUUAAAGAUUGUAUAUGCUUGCCCUAUGAGUACGUCAUGAUAUCAAAUCCGAAAGAAGUUGUGCAUAAGCCCAAGCUUAAGCUCUGGGGAAAAUUUGAUGAUGGGAAAGCUCUGGUGAAAAAUGCUACCCACAUGAAUGUGCAAGGAGUUUGUGGGAUUUCUGGGCUUAUGGUUUCUCGAAGCUGGUUUUUUAUACCACAGGGAACUGCUAAAAGCUACUUGGAAAAUAAAGUAGAAAAUGAUAUGGUAGGUGUAAUGGAGCUUUAUAAAGUCCUUGUAGGAAUUACUAAAAAAACUCUUCACCAUAUUUGUGAUCAUUCAGUUCAAGAGUUUAUAGAUUUAUUCUUAUUUGAGCUCUACAAAGAUCACUUAUUUUUAGCAUACCAUAACAUGCUUAGCGCUGUCAGAGAAGGAAUACAAAUAAAUCUAAAUUCCUAUGAUGCUGACGGUGUUUGCCAUGAUUUCAGCCCAAACCAAUACCCAUUGCAUUCUAUACAAAUCCUUAUUUUUAACAUAAAAUCUGAAAAUUUUGAAGACUUAGGCGGACUGUCAUUCGGGGAAAGCUUCCUAAUCAAAGAUGGGAAAAUAAAAAAUCUCACAGAAAAUAUUGAACCUUUUAUUAUGUGGGAAAGCACCGCUAAAAAACAAAUGCAAAGCGAGUUUGGGCAAAGACUUUCAACUUUUGAGAACGUCAAGCUAUACGUUGAAAAUUGGUGUCCAUUUGACGGUGCCUUAAUUGUGUAUGAGUCUGGCUGGGGAUUUAAGUCAGUUCAUCUUGGAGAUUUAGAAUAUGAAAUAUCAAGUUUUAAAAAAAUUGAGCAACACAGCUCUGAUCUUGUCUCAUUUUUUUCAGAAAAUGCAAGAUAUGUAUUCAAAGUCAGUGCAAGGGCUUCAGGAUUUCUUAUGUCAGUUUGGAAUAUUGAAGCUGUUAGCACUGAAGGACCUGAAUAUUUGUAUGUGAGAGGAUUACAAAAGGAAGAAGAGACUGUAAAAGUUGAAGCAGAAACUAAUGAGAAGACAAAACUUUAUAUUGUAAUAGGAAUGCCAGGGUCAGGAAAAACAAGAGCUGCUGAAGAUAUAGCAAAAGCAAUAAAAGCAGAAUUCAUUAAGCCAAGCUUCAAAGAAUCUGUAUAUCUAAAUAAAGAAUUUUGAAGAAAAAGCUUUGAAGACAUAAAGUCUCAAGAAAUAGUUGCCGCAUUGCCUGGGUUUAUGAUGCCUGCUGAUAUCCUAGAUCUGAUUCCUCCACAUGUAGAGCUAAAAUCUGUGAUCGUAAAAAUAUUUAACAACACAUUCUAUAUGAACAAGCGCAAAGAAUUUUUACCACGAUUUUUGCCUCAAAUUCAUGUCUCAAAUUCACUAAUUUAUGAAGAAAAAGACAGCAAUAACGACAUUAUCAAAUUUAUUACAGCGCCAAACCCUAGUUUAGAAGUGUUUUGAAGUAAAGGGUCUAUAAGCCCCCAGCAAGCCAGAACAAUUUUAAGCAGCGCAACUUCUAUUAGGCCUCAAUAUAGCUAUAAACCUCUAUACCAACUGCAAACUCUUUUCAUUAACUGCCCUUUGCCACUAUUAGAAUCUAAAAUCAGACAAAAACUAUUAAACGCCCACACAGCUGAUGAAGGAAAUCUUUCCAAUCGGCUUCAAUGGGAAAACAACAUGCAGAUUUUAUAUGUGAAAGGCUCUGUAUUCCUCAAAGGAAAAACUGAAAACCAAGCAAUGUAUGAUGUUAGAGGCAACACAAAAGAAGUCUUCUUCAAAGAAGGAAAAAGUGAAGAGCCAGGCUUGCUUUUUAUAGGCAGAAAUUUAGAAAAAGAAAAACUUAUUGAAAUGGUAUUAGAAUGCAGAGCUUAUACAUCUAAAUUGCCUCUUAAAACAAGACAACUUUUGGAAUCAGAAGAAAUUAAGAGAGUUGAGGAUACUCUUGGACAGUCAGAAGACUAUUUCUUUGAUGGGACUUAUUAUAUGGACGCUGAAGGAAAACGGUCGCUGCAUCAUCCAGACCUAGAAGACAAGCUGGAAGAGUACAUAGACGAAGAAAAUGAAAGGAUUGGCAAAUUCAAUAGAAGCUUGGAGAAAGAAAACAGCAUCAUUAGAAAAGCUAAUCAAGAAGAAAUAAUUAAAGAAGUAUUCGCUUACUCCCCCCCCCCCCUCCGUGAGCGAACAAAACCAUUAGAAAAAUCGCCAUUUUUUGACCAAAAACCCACCCUCCGCGAGUGAACAAAAAUAUUUUUAAUAGAAAAAAUUUUAAUAGAAAAAAAUUUUGCUAUAUAAGUGAUAAUUAGUAUAAUGAAAUCUAGAGCUAAUUCUGUUUAAUUUUAAACAAAUUGCGUUUUAAAACAUAAAUUUUGCAAAUUAAAUUAAUAUUUGCUUCCCAAUUUUUGCAAAUUAGGAUUUUUUUUAAAUUUCGAAAAAAAUAUUUUUUAUAAAAAUUUAUAUAUAAAUUGUUUUUUAAAAAAAAAAAUUAACCCCCCUCCGUGAGUGAACAAAAUUUUUUUGUUCGCUCACGGAGGGGGGGGGGGGGAGUUAG